AAACGAACGACCCAACAGUAAUAAAUCAACUCUCAUCUGGACUUCGGAAACCAGAGUAUCGUCGUGAAGAUGAUGAAGAUUGUGAUCCUGUUCGUUCUUGUGGCUACCGCUGCUGCGGCCCCCAGUUCCCUCCUGAAUAAGCUUAGCCUCGCCAGCCGUAUCGUAGGAGGUGAAAAUGCCACCAUCGAGCAAGUACCCUACCAGGUAUCUAUCGAGGUGAACGGCACCAGCAUAUGCGGUGGUUCCAUCAUCGCUGAGAACUGGAUCUUGACCGCUGCUCACUGCAUGGUCUACGAUAUCGCCUGGUAUAUAAUUCGCGCUGGAUCAUCUCUCGCUUCCAGCGGCGGUAGCGUGAGCACCUUUGACUCUUACAUCACCCAUGAGAACUACUCAGUAAACAGUGAUUAUGGAUACACCGUCAACGACAUUGCUCUGAUCCAUCUGAACGACAAUCUCACCCUGGACUCCACCCGCGCCAUCAUUCCUCUGUACGAACAAGGCGAGGAAGCUGUUGAGGGUGCUAAGGCCAUCGUCAGUGGAUGGGGUUCCCUUACUGAAUCAGGCUACUGGCAAUCCGUGCUCCAGGUUGUGACCCUCCCAAUCAUCUCCAAGUCCGACUGCAACACCUCCUACAUAGCUUGGGGAGGACUUCCUUACGGCGAAAUAUGCGCCGGGUAUUCUGAUGGAGGCCACGACGCUUGCACAGGUGAUUCUGGCGGUCCUCUCGCUAUCGAUGGUGUUUUGGCGGGUAUCGUUACCUGGGGUAAGGGAUGCGCUGAGGCUGGAUGGCCCGGUGUUUACACCGAGGUUGCUUACUACCGCGACUGGAUCAGUGAGAAGUCUGGAGUCUGAGAAGCAGACUCUCAACUGUACCUCGCCAACCUUACAACCGAUUGCGAGGCUUGAUUUCAUUCUCGAUUUUGUACUAUUUCGAAAGCAAUACAGUAAAUUGACUAAAA